AUGUUGGAAUCGCUGGGCUCGCAGGGGGAGGCAGCACUGGAACGCAUCUGCCGCCCUCCCCGACGGAUGGUGCAGGAGGCCUUUGCCAAGGAGUAUCACAUGGAUGUGAAGCAGGUGAUGUCCGUGCUGCGGCGUCUCAAUGAGGAUCAAGUCCUGCUGGUAUGCUGGAGAUUCCGUUUUGACUUCCAGAGAGAAGACCCGCUGGUCAAGCUCAGGAGCUUCGUGUAUUCCUGUCAGAAGAACGGCUUCUGGGAAACGAAGAAGAUCGACUUCAAGGAAAAGCCCAGCUUCUGCGCCCUGUUGGCGCGGGCGGCUCGAUUGGCAGAGGUGGCUGGCAGGGAAGGAGGCGCUCUGCAUAAGCAGCCUCCGCCUCCGCCUCCUCCACCCGGUGCUGCAGCCGCCUCUUCCUCUUCAGAUUGGCGGCCCUCGAUAGGCAGAACACCUCCACCACCUGAGCCGUCGUGGAACGGCUGGCAGGCGCCAGAGGAGUCCUUGCCAAAGAAAAUGCCGCCGCCGGCCCCACCACCACCCGUGAAGGAGACCUCGCGCAGCAGCUCUCAUGCGGCAGAGGAGUCCUUGCCCAAGAAAAUGCCGCCGCCGACCCCACCACCACCGGUGAAGGAGAAGGCGCCUCCAUUUUCAGCAUCCGCCCCGCCGCCGAAGUCAGAGCUCACACCGAAAGCGCCGCCAGCAGGCUGGCUGCCCACAGGUGCCGCAGGCCCUGGCGAGCUGCCAAAGAAAGCUCCACCUCAACCUCCUCCAGCACCAAAGCCAUGUCUGGACGAGAAGGAGGUUUUUUCUGCACCGUCACCUCCUCCGUCUAAGCCGUCACCAGCUGAGAGCAAGGCGUCUUCGCAGCCUGAGCCGGACGCCGCUUCCAGUGAACCUACUGCGUCCGCCACAGCCCCUCCGGAAGAUGGUCUAAAGGUGGGCAUGAAUGUGAGAAUCGCCGAGGGCAAGAUCAAAGGUCAAGGAGUGGUGGUCAACUUAUGCGGCACAAAGGCAAAAGUCAAGCGACGAUCUGGCGGACUUGUGCAGGAGGUCAACCGAAGCAGCCUGCGACCAGUGAAAGCUUCCGACGAGCCUCCAGGUGAGGAGCAGACUUCCGAGGAGGCUAAGGCGGGGUCCAAGAAACUCCGCGAGAUCCGUGGGCCGGCGGCCGGCGCGGCAGGCGAUCUCCAGCGAGCGAUUGCGGAGGUCCUUUCCGCCCAGCUGAAGACGCCGGCUUUCCGAGAUAUCGCCACGUGCAACCCGAAGAUGAAGGAACCGGCAAAGGCUGUGCCCAAGGAAUCUGCAACUCCGUCGGUCCCAGUCCAAGGAAGCGCUGCUGCACCACCCCAGCCGGCACCAUCGGCAGAUGAGCUUCCGGAGCCGCUGAAGAAGCGCCUCGCAGAGGCUGAGGCGCGCGAGAAGGCGCUGCUUCAGAGGAUCGCCUUGCUGGAGAAGGACAACAUGGAAAUGGCUGCGCGGGAGAGAGAUUUUCGCGAUGUGGAAGUCGAGCUGCGCAAGCGUGAGUCUGGCCUUUCGGCACGAGUAGAUGAGCUCUUGGCCGAGCAGGAGGAUCUUGAGGCGACCGUAGCCGAGAUGCGAACACGUGAAGCGCGCGCUGCUGCGCGCUUGGAUGAACUGACACGCGAGCAGAGCGAGGCGAAGGCGCUAUUGGCGCGAGUCAAGGAUGCUGAAGAACGGCUCUUGCAGGAGCGUGCGCGACAUCGGGAGGUGGAGGACGACCUUGGCAAGCGCUUGGACUGGGCCACGGAGCGGCUUCAUGCUUGGCAGUCAGAAGGCACCUCCCCCGGCGGUGUUCGGAAAGGCCGCUGGGGUAGAGACCAAAAGGAGGAAGACCACGUGCAUUCCAGUCCCGAUAGCGCAGCAGCUUCCACAAAGACCGGAAACUCUCUUCCUGCAGAGGAUAGCAACAACGAUUGGGUCGAAGAUGGUCUGAAGCGGCUGAAAAAGUGCAUCAACGACCUUCUGUACGAGGAGGUCCGAUGCUUCGCCGAAAGGUGGGACAUGCCGAUUGACCAAGUCAUGGAAGUCUUCGAGCGCUUGACCACGGAGCAACAAAAGCUGGUGAUGCGAAGGUUCAAGGCGAGCCCUCACAAAGGCCCCAAAAUCGUACUCCUGAAGAGUUAUGUCGGCAGCUGCAUCCACAAUGGAUUCACGAAGCAAACUUGGGAUGACAUCAAGGACUUCUCGCAUAAGUGGGGCAUCCCUUCCUCCGACGCGCAGGAUAUCUUGGGAGACCUGGAGGAUGAGCAGCUGACUAUCAUUACCCAGCGCUUCCACUACGACGAGCGCACCGCUAACCAGUCGACGGUGUCUGCGCAGCUGCGGACUUACGUCAGCUCUUGCCGGCAUCGUGGCUUUUAUGCCGCCGACAAGAAGGUGCACUGCUGUGAAAAGAUUUCAAACAGCUGGCGCCUUCCUCUCGACACUGUUCGAGAACUUCUCCAGCCCUUGCAUCUUGAGCAGUGCGAUCAGAUCGCUAGCGAUUGGCGCACGGAUCCUCGAACGGAGCAGGACGGCUGGAGGGAGCGGGGUCGAAGUGGCUGGCACGACUGGAGAGAGUGA